UCCUCAGGCGCAGAUCUGUCACAAGUGGGCAAACAUUAACGACAUGCUUUAAGUGUGGAAUGAAGUACGCCGAGGUCCGCUUUGAGGGCCGAGCGCCGGCUGCCUGCGAUGCGCGUCUCCACUUUCACUUUGACGCGUCACGGUUUGGUUUUUCUGCUCCAGUUGAGCUGACGGGCUGCGGGGCGCUCAGACCCUGGAAACCACAAACUGCACCGCUGGAGCUGCCAGGUCACCGGAUCGCCGCGGCUGCACUCACCCAGUGACAGGUCUUGACCACAGUGGAAAAUGCAAUAGGAAGACCAGCUUCAUCGCCGCCAUCCUCAUCGUUAUCAUCAUCAUAUGCUCGAUCGGCCCAGGAUGGCGUCCUCUCCCGGGAUCAGCAAUGACCCGUUACCCCUGCUCCAGCUCCAGGAGGUGGACUCCAGCAAAGUGGCAGAGAGGGGGGACUCGCCGGGACUCCUGCCCGCCGUCUACACCCCUCCUGUGGGCAUGGACGGCCACGCUGUCUGCAUUCCCUCCCCGUACACGGACAGCAGCCACGACUACAGCCACAGCCACGGACCGCUGGCCUUCUACGGCCCCUCGGUGCUGAGCUACGCCAGGCCGCCGGUCACCGACAGCCCCUCGUCACUGUGCCCGCCUCUUAGCCCCUCGCUCUUCUUCGCCUCCCAAAGCCACCACAGCAUGCCGCCGCUGACCCUGCACUGCCCUCAGCCUCUGGUCUACAACGAGCCCAGCACACAUCCGCCCUGGGUGGAGGCCAAACCGCACGGCCUCGCCCCCUGCAGCACGGCGAACAAGAUGCUGGGCAAGAGGCUGGAGGAGGGGGCGGAGGGGCUGAACUCCUCCUCCUCGGCGGCCGCGGGGAAGACCGACACGCACUUCUGCGCCGUGUGCCACGACUACGCCUCCGGGUAUCACUACGGCGUGUGGUCCUGCGAGGGCUGCAAGGCCUUUUUCAAGAGGAGCAUCCAAGGACACCACGACUACAUUUGCCCCGCCACUAACCAGUGCACCAUCGACAAGAACCGGCGUAAAAGCUGCCAGGCCUGCCGUCUGCGCAAAUGCUACGAAGUGGGCAUGAUGAAGUGCGGUGUGAGGCGUGAGCGCUGUAGCUACAGGGGGACGAGGCAUCGCCGUGGUGGACUCCAGCCUCGGGCUCCCGCCGGGAACAGGGGGCUGCUCAGGAUGGGGCUGGGGUCGGGGGCCCAGCGGCACCUCCACCUGGAGGCGCCCCUCUCCUCGCUGCCUUCGCUCCGUCAGCACGGCCGAGAGCGCCGCUCGGCCAUGACGCCGGAGCAGUUCAUCUGCCACAUCAUGGAGGCGGAACCUCCGGAGAUCUACCUCAUGGAGGACAUGAAGAAGCCCUUCACCGAGUCCAGCAUGAUGAUGACGCUCACGCACCUCGCCGACAAGGAGCUGGUCCUCAUGAUCAGCUGGGCCAAGAAGAUCCCUGGGUUUGUGGAUCUGAGCCUCGCCGACCAGAUCCACCUGCUGAAGUGCUGCUGGCUGGAGAUCCUGAUGCUCGGCCUGAUGUGGAGGUCCGUCGACCAUCCGGGAAAACUCAUCUUCUCCCCCGACUUCAAGCUCAACAGGGACGAGGGCCUCUGUGUGGAGGGCAUCAUGGAGAUCUUUGACAUGCUGCUGGCAGCCACUUCGCGGUUUCGUGAGUUGAAGCUGCAGAGGGAGGAGUACGUCUGCCUGAAAGCCAUGAUCCUCCUCAACUCCAACAUGUGCACGAGCUCCCCGGAGACGGCGGAGGAGGUGGAGAGCAGGAACAAGCUCCUGCGUCUGCUCGACUCGGUGAUCGACGCGCUGGUCUGGGUCAUUUCCAAGAUGGGCCUGUCGUCCCAGCAGCAGACUCUGCGCCUGGGCCACCUCACCAUGCUGCUGUCCCACAUCCGCCACGUCAGUAACAAAGGCAUGGACCACCUGUCCACCAUGAAGCGCAAGAACGUGGUGCUGGUUUACGACCUGCUGCUGGAGAUGCUGGACACCAACACGUCGGGCAGCAGCAGCCGCAGACCGUCGCCCCUGUCCGGCCCCGACGGCCACCCCGGCCAGGACGGCCACCCCUGCCCCGCCCGGCCCGCCGCCGCCGCCCCGCCCUGCGCCGCGACUGAAACUCCCAUCCUGGACACGCAUCUCCAGGCUCAGCACCACCAAACUCCACCUCCAUCCCAUAAUUUACAGCCGGCUCACACGCCUGUGGAGAGUAACGGUUAUGUGCACUCGCAGCAGUGGCCCGUGGAUCCAGGCGAGGCGGGUCCCGCCGUGGAACUGACGGACUACAUUAUCACAGAUCAAAUUGGCAUGGAGGCCAUGUGAGCCCGGACCGCCUCACGGGACGGACAGAGACAGACUGAGACUGAACCGAGACGAGGCGCUCGGCGAGGCGAAUCCCUCAGAGGAUCGAGAGGAAACUUAACAAAAACAAAACAAACAAACAAAAAAAAAAAAAAAAGGGGGAAGUGCAGUUGUGAGGUAAAUAUUCAGUUUUUUGAAGAUGUUUUUGGUUUAUGAGAUGCCAAAAAAAAAAAAAAAAAAAAAAAAAAAAGGUUUUUAAAGUGAAGUGUUUUCCGAUCCGAGUGUAUAUUUUGUGUGCGUAAUGUUUCUCGUGAAUGUGCACUUUGUGGUCACGAGUACACACCGUGGAGCCCCCCCACCCCUCCCGCCAGUCGAACCGUGCUCUCUUUUUGAUAUUCCAGUAUUUGUAUCUCUUUUUUCACCUCGGUGUAAACAUGCAGAACAAGCCAUACCAUCAGUGACUCACCUGAGGGCGCAUGUGGCCGACACACUCGACAUCCGCGAGACUAGAUAUCGAUGUACAGCUAUGAUGAAGUGCCAUGUUUUCUAUGACGUUGUGCUAUGUUGUUUAUUUUGUUUCCCCCCCACAACUACUAUUGCACUAUGCUUACCAAUGUGACUGUGGUGGAAUCCGUACGUGUUCUUUCAGGAUUUUUCUACUCUCUUUAUACCGCACCGUCUUUGUAAGCUCAGCAGCGUCCGUGGAGUCAGCGAGCAGCAGUACGUGGCCUUUCAAUGAGACGACUGUUAGCCCUCAUUCCUGUUCAUGUGCGCGAAGAGCUGAGGCUGAAUUUACACAAGUGCCGGGAAAAAAAACCAAAAAAACAAAAAACAAACUAAUAAAAUCACAGUUUGAGUCCGUCCGCGAUCAGAAGCGGGUCCGAGCUGCACGCUGAUCGGGAUGUUUUGGGGCGUGUCGUAGCUUUUCUUGAGGAAAUCAGCGUGGCUUGUGGUGGAAAAAAAAAGAAAGAAAAAAAAAAAGCCAAAAUGUCCAUUAAAAAAAAAAAAAAAAAAAAAAA